AUGGCAACAAACACUUACCAACCCAUCAUAACCGGCGAAGCCGACAUUAAAACUGCCCAAAAAAGACGCAAAAUCUACAUCCGCCCCUUCCUCCUCUUCUGGCUCUCCUCCGUCUUUGCUGAAGUAAUCUUCCUCGCCGUUGGGGUUUUCAUCAUGACCGGUACUCGCGACCUAUUUUUUAAAGUUAUGUGGACGCUUGUCUUUUGUCCACUUGGAAUGGGAGGUGCAAUGGGCGGCUUGAUCAAUGUUUUCAUUGUCGAUCACUACUAUGGCAAGAAGGCGGCGCAAUUUACGGGGAUUCUGUCCUUGUUGAUUCUGAGGGCCGAUACCUAUCACCACCACCUGAUUCAAGCAACAGUCAAAGCAAUUACGCGACGAUUUAGUCCGCUCCAGCUUCAAUAUCUUUUCAAGUCCUAUAACCAGCUUUACCUGGAACAUUGCAAAAAGACUGGGAGCAUGCCUAUCUUCGUCUUGAACGAGCGUGGCUUGCGUGGAUUUUGGAUGGGCGAUCCCGCCGCUGGGUACGUCGUGAUCAACUUUCAUGGCGGAGGCUUUGCAAUGGAUGCGACAGAGGCGUAUCUAGAUCUCUGGUCGAGUGUAGCAGAAACCCUGUCGCAGCACGGUACCAGCACCGCUUGGCUGAAUGUCACCUACACGCUCGCACCACAUGCAGCAUAUCCAACACAGUUUUGUGAGGCGGUAGAAGCUUUACGACAUGUCAUUGAGGACAUCGGUCGCUCUCCGAAGGACAUUAUUCUCCUGGGUGACUCGGCAGGUGCGAAUUUAUGCCUUGCAAUUCUCUCUCACCUAUCGCAUCCAUCACCAGAUGCCCCGAAAUUGCAAAUAAGUGGACGACUGAAGGCGCUUGUAUGUUUGUCUCCAUGGGUAUCUUUCCGACAUGACUGGCCGAGCAUGGUGUACAAUGCGCAUAAGGACAUCGAUGCAAGAAAAGUUACGGAAAGAUGGUCUCUGGAUUAUCUCAAUGGAAAAUCGACGAGCUUUCAUAUCGAAGCAGUUAAUGCGCCUGAUUCUUGGUGGGAAGAUGCUCAAGUGGAGCAAACCCUUGUGUUGGCGGGGGGUGAUGAGGUGCUGUUGGAUCCUAUCAAGGCCUGGGUGACGGCUUUUAGCGAAUCAAACCCCGACACAACCUUCGUUGCUGGUCAGGAGGAAUGCCAUGUUGCACCGCUUAUAUGGCCAUUGUUUGGUGAUAAGCAUGAGACUCAACAGGGUGCAGCGUUGAAGCACUGGCUAUGUAAUAGAUUGAGCAGAGAGGCAUAG